AAGAGGGAUCCGGAAAGAGAAAGUAAAGAGAGAGGGUGCAAAGGUUGCUUGCUCGCCUGCUCGAGAUGGUUUGCUAGAAGCGAUGGCGGACGGCCGUCAGGGAAUCCGAGUACCAACUCAGACAUACGGAACUGUUGGACAGACAUCUGCUCAGUGGACGUUCGGUGCCGCCAUUCCAAGAGACAUGGCUCAGAUGCCAGGACCUUAUGCUCCUACGUAUAACACAGGCAACAUAUCUGGCUAUGAAGGCACAACCGCUGCAGGAGGAAAACAUUGCCUGCCUCCACCUAACUUGUUUCUUGGACAUGGAGGUGGGCAACAGCCGCCCCAGAGAACGUGGAACGUUCCUGCCAUUUCAGAAGAUGAAGCCAAAGAAGCUUUUAUCCAGUACGCUUCCAGCAAGUGCUGCUACAGCACAGACCCAGCCAAAGAGAUGGUGUUUAAUGACCUACAGUUAUUCAAUACCUACAGAUAUAAACUGGAGACCUUCACUGAAUCAAGGUCCUCUGAAUGGAAGACGGAACCUUAUGGGGGUGGAGCAGUAGAUUCCUACCUGCGUGGGACACCUCCUUUGCCUUGGGAUAUGAGAGCAGACUCUCCUGGCAUGUUCCGAGAGAAAACCCAGAGAAUCAGAGUGCCUCACACAUCAGCAUUAACGGCUUGCCCGACAUGUGGAUCGACUGGUAGACGUCACUGCAAUAAAUGCAACGGCAACAGCAAGCAACAGUGUGGGAGAUGUCAUGGAAGAGGAGUCCGGUUUGUGGAUGACACAUGUGACCUAUGUUUGGGAAGUGGACUUGAAAAUUGCCAGGAGUGUUCUGGUAUGGGAAAAACAGUCUGCAACGAUUGUGAAGGAAAAGGACAACUGCUGUCGUUCAUUGAGCUGCAAGUUGAAUGGCAAAACAACGUUUAUGAAUAUGUGGCAGAUGAAAGAUCUGGAUUUCCUAUCGAACUCUUCAAAACGGUUACUGGAGAGACGUUGUUUGUUGAUGACAGCCCUAUGGUAUAUCCAGUGAUUAGUUUCCCUGAUUUUGGCGUCAGUCAAGCCUCCAGCUAUGCCGUUGAACAACACCAAGCUCAGUUUGCAUCUACAAGGCGGAUACUGAGGCAGAGGCAAACAAUUGAGCUGAUACUUCUCACCAGGGUACAAUAUUUGUGGCAUGGCAAACCUUACUCCUUCUAUGUUUAUGGCAAGGAACGCAAGGUGCAUGCGGAGGAUUAUCCACAGAAGUGUUGCUGUACCAUCCUGUGAUUAUUAUGGGCUAUUUCAAUUGGCGUAAAAGAAGCACGGUUGGUUAAAACAGGUGGAAUAUUUGCAGUCCCUCCUCAUCCCAUUUUUUUAAAAAAAGAAGUUUAUUGUCCCACUUUAUAAGAAUUGUGGAAGAUGCUUAAAUAAAUUGGACAUAUAGGACUAAAGUUUGCCAAACUCCAGGAUUACAUAUUAGAAGGAGAAAGAAGAGCAAUCAGUGCAAGGAUGUCUCUUGCACAACAGAACAUUCCUGCCCCCCUCCCAGUGUGUCUCCUGGAUAUGUUCUUUUUUAAUGCUUUAUUGAUAUUAAAAAUAUAUAACAAAGAAAUAUAUAUACAAUCAAAAUAGAAAUACAAACACAGAAUUACAUUAUUUGUUGAUUGUACAUUCUUGAGUUCCCCACGACUUCCCGCCACCCCAUCAUGCAUUUACUACUUAUUUUAUCCAGUGCACUAUUAAUCUCCAUUUUCUUUUUAAUCAUCAAUAAUACAUUCUCUUAUAAAUAUCCAUUGUAACACAGAAGUCAUUCAAAUCCUGCCACAUUUAUACUAGUACAAUAAUCUUUAAGAUUUUUUUUACACAUGUCCCAUUUCUAAAUAAAUGUUUGUUCAGUAUUA